CCCGGGGCCAGACAGGCAGCAGGACAGCAGACAGCGCCAGGGAGCCGCCAGGGUUCGUACUGGUCACUGCAGGCGCGGGACGACUCCUCGAUCUUUCAGACUGCUGGUCAGUAAGCAGAAGGCACAAUGGCCAUUUUGGGGCCCUUGAUCCUGGCCUUGGCCACCUGCCUAGCCAUUGCCCGCCCCCCCAACAUCAUUCUGAUCUUUGCCGAUGACCUGGGCUAUGGGGACCUGGGCAGCUAUGGCCACCCCAGCUCAUCCACACCCAACUUGGACCGAAUGGCAGCCAGUGGCCUCCGCUUCACUGACUUCUAUGUGCCUGUCCCACUAUGUACCCCAUCUAGGGCAGCACUGUUGACUGGACGGUACCCUGUACGUUCAGGGCUCUACCCUGGUGUCCUAUACCCUGGCUCUCGAGGUGGGCUCCCCCUGGAUGAGGUGACCAUGGCUGAGGUCCUGGCUGAGAGCGGCUACCUCACUGGGAUGGCUGGCAAGUGGCAUCUGGGUGUGGGGCCCAAUGGCUCCUUCUUGCCCCCACAUCAGGGAUUUCACCGCUUCCUAGGAAUCCCCUACUCCCACGAUCAGGGCCCUUGCCAGAACCUGACCUGCUUCCCACCAGCCACCCUCUGCUUUGGAGGCUGUGACCAGGGCGUCGUCCCCAUUCCGCUGAUGGCUAACCUGUCAGUGAAGGAACAGCCCCCCUGGCUGCCUGGGUUGGAGAAACAGUAUGUGGCCUUUGCCCAGAACCUCAUGGUGGAUGCUGCCCGCCAAGGCCGGCCUUUUUUUCUGUACUAUGCCUCCCACCACACCCACUACCCCCAGUUCAGUGGGAAAACCUUUGUGGGGCGUUCUGGCCGGGGACCAUUUGGGGAUGCUUUAAUGGAGCUGGACUCGGCUGUGGGGGCACUACUGAAUACUGUGGAGAGCCUUGGACUAAUCGAAGAAACCCUGGUCCUUUUCACAGCGGAUAAUGGCCCUGAGACCCUGCGUAUGUUCCGGGGUGGCUCCUCCGGCCUUCUCCGGUGUGGAAAGGGGACAACCUAUGAGGGUGGUGUUCGAGAACCUGCACUGGCCUUCUGGCCAGGCCGCAUUGUGCCAGGGGUCUCCCAUGAGCUAGCCAGCGUCCUGGACCUGCUGCCCACUGUGGCCGCUCUGGCAAGAGCCCAGCUACCCAAUGUCACCCUCGAUGGAGUGGACCUCAGCCCCGUUCUCCUGGGCACAGGCAAGAGCCCACGGAAGACUCUUUACUUCUACCCCCCAUUCCCUGAGGAGACCCAAGGUGUCUUUGCUAUUCGGCAUGGGAAGUACAAGGCACAUUUCUUCACCCAGGGUUCUACACACAGUGAUAUGGUUGCUGACCCAGCCUGCCAAGCCCUCACCCCACUGACUCCCCACGAGCCACCACUGUUGUAUGACCUGGAGACGGACCCUGGUGAGAACUAUGAACUCCUGAGCCACGGUCCCAAGGAAGAGAUUCAAAAAACCAUUGAAACCCUGAAGGAGAUGAAGCUACUCAAGGCCCAGUUUGAUGCUGCUAUGACUUUUACGACAAGUGAGAUUGCCAAAGGCCUAGACCCAACUCUGGAACUUUGCUGCCGAGCAGGCUGUUCCCCCUGGCCAGAAUGUUGUAACUGUCCUGGCCCUCAACAUGACACUCCCUACAAAUGAAUGCAUGGACCUCAGAGUGACUUCAUGGUCUUUCAGUCUCCUCUGUGGCCCCACUGACCACUAAUCCUUAAAACUGCCAUUCAAGGACUAAUCUCUGACUUGUGAGUAGGGCCAUGCAUCCAGCAUGUAUCCUCUCUGCACAGUCUCAAGCUCAGGCCACUUCACUAGAUACAGAACAUGUACCAAGAUUUUGGAGGGGAGGGGUGUCACUGGCCAGUGGCUCAGAUAUCCCAGCCAGGCUCUUCUCUGUGCAGCAAGAUGAGGUAACAAUUUUCACGCCACCCUGGGAUUCCUAAGGGUCGGUUAUUCCUUCUGAAAUCUCUAUGUAGAGAAUCCUAAUAUCUACCCCUGUCUGAGUGGUGAUGCUUUGGCUUAUGGAAUACAGAUCAAACAAGUGGGUUCAUUGUCAUUCAUGUACAUUUGUGGGAGGCUAGAUAAAAGCACAACCUCGAGGUCCUCAGCGUUUCCUGUAAAAAUAAACUCUUUACUGAGAUAUUAAUACAAGCAUUAAAUUAAGUGCUAAUUAUGAAUUUUCCAGUAAAAUUUAAGGGGGAAUACUAUUUGGAGCAAGAUUUAAAUAAAUAUCAACAUCAAAGCACAA